CACAAAAUAUAUGUGCUUCCUUUGUAAAUGGGAUUCACGUGCUUCCAGCAGCCAUUAUCAUAUUAAAUAUUUCGAAGAACGCAAAGAAAAUAUUAUUGGUGACUUGAAUGGAAUCCAUGAAUCUCUCCAAUCCAUGAAUCUCCCAAAAGAUAAGGUCAUACUUCCACCGCUGCAUAUUAAGUUGGGCGUGGUGAAAAAUUUUAUUAAAAGCUUAAAUACACAAGGAUAUGCUUUCAAACGCAUUCAAACAAUUUUCCCCAGAUUAUCUGCAGCAAAAUUAAAAGAAGGAAUGCUCGUUGGACCCGAUAUAAAAAAAUUAUUACAAGAUGAAGAAUUUUAUGGUCAUCUGUCGGAUAUGCAAAAGACAGCAUUUGACUUUAUGCAGCUGGUUAUAUCAGAAUUCCUUGGAAACUCAAACGCACAAAACUAUGCAGAAAAUAUUGAAAGCAUGCUAAUCGGUUUUAACAAUAUUGGCGUUAAGAUGUCACUAAAGCUGCAUUUUCUGCACUCUCAUCUCAAUUUUUUUAAAGAAAACCUUGGAGCGGUUUCAGAUGAACACGGUGAAAGGUUUCAUCAGGAUAUAAAGGUAUUGGAAGAAAGAUUCAAAGGGAAAUCCCAAAGUGUAAUGCUUGCUGAAUACGUAUGGGGCUUGUACAGAAACCUUGACACAUCGGAAAAUUCACGUCAAGCUAAAUACAGGAAAGCAUAUUAAGUUUAAUCUUUAAUCCAUUGUCCUACUACUGCUGAGGCAAAAAAAAAAUAAAUAUGUACAUACUAUAAUAAACCCCUAUUAAAACAAAAUUAUAAUUUUUUUAUCAAUCGUAAAGAGCUUUAUUUACAACAGUGACCCCUCCUGAAAUUUUCCGCCAAACAUUUUCGUAGAAUAUUUUAAUCCUUAAAUGUCCUUUUUUAAAGGAUAUUUUUUGAUUUUCUCGAAAAAAGGGUCAAAUUGACCCAUAAAGAAACCAGUUAGAGGGUUAAGAUCUUCCACAAAAAUAAUCCUCAUACAAUUCCACAAUACAACUCUGACUAUAAGAAUUCUCUCAGACAUUAACUUACAACAUUUUUUUCAUAUAGUAUAAUGCUCCCUUCGACCAAAAAAUGAAAAUUUUGACCCACUGUAAAAAAAAACUCAGACGUGCUGGACCAUAAGUUUUUUCUACAAAAAUGAUCUACUCAACAUACCCUUUCAGAAUUAUAGGGUCGCAAUUCUGUUCCAUUCAAAAAGUCUUCAUUUGUUCGACAGUGUUAUAUACUCGCCACAUAUGUAUGUAUGUAUAUAACAAAACUUGUCAGGGUCAUUACUGCAACUACUCGACUUACUUUCCAUAAUAAAUUUGUACUAUUAAUCUCAUAAAAGUAAUAAUCAGAUUGACAGACUUUGAAUAAAACCUGAAAAAAUUAAAAUAAGACUUGUAGGUAAACCAGAGCUGUCAGCUGACAUCUAGUAGCAGCAAUACAGUUAAUACUACCUACUUUACCGACUACAAAUACGGACGGAUCUGCACCAAACAAAAAAAAUGUUUGUAGGCCAGUGUUAUUUAUUCAUAACUUAUUAAUAACUGACUGUUAAUAACAGUUUUAACAAUUAUUUAAUUAAGUGAUCUGA